AUGGAAGUCAGUAUAUUUUUUGAGUAUCCGAACAAUACCAUCAAGACCUCAAAAUAUAAUGCUUUCAACUUCCUGCCCUUGAACCUAUUUGAACAGUUUCAGAGAUUGGCCAAUGCUUACUUCCUCGUUUUGCUGUUCCUACAGCUGAUUCCACAGAUCUCCUCCUUGGCGUGGUACACAACUGUGAUACCCCUGGUGGUGGUGCUGUCCAUAACAGGCGUGAAAGAUGCCAUCGAUGACGUGAAAAGGCACAAAAACGACAACCAAGUCAACAACCGUUCUGUUCUGAAGCUGGUGGAUGGCAGGAUGGAGGAAGACAAAUGGAUGAAUGUCCAAGUGGGAAAUAUCAUCAAACUAGAAAAUAACCAGCCUGUUACGGCAGAUAUGCUGUUACUCUCCAGCAGUGAGCCAUACAGUCUGGCAUAUGUGGAGACAGCGGACCUGGACGGGGAAACCAAUCUGAAAGUGAAGCAGGCCAUCUCCUGCACCUGUGACAUGGAAGAUAACCUGGCCUUGCUGUCUGCCUUUGAUGGAGAAGUCAAGUGCGAGCUUCCUAACAACAAGUUGCACAAAUUCACAGGAGUAUUGACCUAUAAGGAGAAGGACUACUUCCUGGACCAUGACAAGUUGCUACUCCGAGGCUGUGUCAUUAGGAACACAGAUUGGUGCUAUGGCCUGGUGAUUUAUACAGGCCCAGACACCAAGUUGAUGCAGAACAGCGGGAAGUCUACUUUUAAACAGACACGCAUCGACCAUUUAAUGAAUGUACUUGUGCUCUGGAUCUUCCUGCUUUUAAUCAUCAUGUGUCUUAUGCUAGCAAUUGGGCAUGGCAUUUGGGAGAGCAGCAUUGGCUACUACUUCCAGGUUUUUCUGCCAUGGAAGAGCUAUGUCUCUUCCUCAGCCGUCUCUUCUCUCGCUACAUUCUGGUCCUACUUCAUUGUUCUCAACACCAUGGUGCCCAUCUCCCUCUAUGUCAGUGUGGAACUAAUAAGACUGGGCAACAGUUACUACAUCAACUGGGAUCGGAAGAUGUUUUAUGCACCAAAGAACACACCAGCACAGGCUCGCACCACUACCCUUAAUGAGGAACUUGGACAGGUUAAAUAUGUUUUCUCCGACAAAACGGGGACCUUGACUCAGAACAUCAUGAUUUUCCUCAAGUGUUCUGUUAAUGGGAAUCUCUAUGGUGAUGUUGCUGACAAGAACGGAGAGAAGGUACCAGCCUGUGAGAGAAACAAGGUUGACUUCACCUACAAUAAAUUGGCUGAUCCUAAGUUUUCGUUUUAUGACAAGACUUUGGUAGAUGCUGUGAAAAAGGGAGAUCACUGGGUAUGCUUGUUUUUCCUGUCACUGUCAUUGUGUCACACGGUGAUGUCCGAAGAGAAAGUAGAAGGUGAGCUUGUAUACCAGGCUCAGUCCCCGGACGAAGGUGCCUUGGUCACGGCUGCCAGAAACUUUGGCUUUGUGUUCCGUUCCCGCACAUCAGAGACGAUUACAGUGGUGGAAAUGGGGAAGACGCAAAUCUACCAGCUGCUGGCAAUCUUGGACUUCAACAAUGUACGCAAGAGGAUGUCUGUCAUUGUGCGGACACCUGACGAUCGGGUCCUGCUGUUCUGCAAGGGUGCUGACACCAUCAUCUGUGAGCUGCUUCACUCAUCCUGUGCUUCCCUUUGUAACACGACCAUGGAGCAUUUAGACGAUUUUGCCAGUGAAGGCCUCCGCACACUAAUGGUGGCCUACCGAGAACUGGACAACACGUUCUUCCAGACCUGGAGCAUGAAGCAUACUGAAGCUUCUAUGUCUUUGAAUAAUCGAGAAAAAAAAUUGUCAAUUCUCUAUGAAGAGAUUGAAAAAGACUUAUUGUUGUUAGGGGCCACAGCCAUUGAAGACAAGCUGCAGGACGGAGUCCCUGAGACAAUCUUCACCCUGAGCAAGGCUGGAAUUAAGAUAUGGGUUUUAACUGGAGAUAAGCAAGAAACUGCAGUAAACAUCGCUUACUCCUGUAAUAUACUUGAAGAUGAAAUGGAAACAGUGUUCAUUGUGAAAGGCAACGAUGGGGAGACUGUUCAGCAAGAGCUCAGGGAAGCAAGGAGCAAGAUGAAACCUGACUCUCUACUGGACUCAGACCCAGUGAACAUCUUUCUUGCCCAGAAGCCCAAAAUUCCCUUCGCAGUGCCUGAAGAGGUGCCCAAUGGCAGCUACGGCCUAAUCAUCAAUGGCUACAGUCUGGCCCACGCUCUAGAAGGGCAGCUGGAGUUGGAACUGCUGCGAGUGGCAUGUAUGUGCAAAGCGGUGAUCUGCUGCCGGAUGACACCCCUGCAGAAGGCCCAGGUGGUAGAACUGGUGAAGAAAUACAAGAAGGUGGUGACACUGGCCAUCGGGGAUGGGGCCAAUGACGUCAGCAUGAUCAAAGCUGCACACAUUGGCGUAGGGAUCAGCGGCCAAGAGGGGAUGCAGGCCAUGCUCAACAGUGACUUCGCCUUUUCCCAGUUCCACUACCUUCAGCGCCUAAUCUUGGUGCACGGCCGCUGGUCUUACAAUCGCAUGUGCAAGUUCCUCAGCUACUUCUUUUACAAGAACUUUGCAUUUACCCUGGUGCACUUCUGGUAUGCCUUCUUCAACGGGUUCUCUGCACAGACAGUUUAUGACAACUGGUUUAUCACCUGCUACAAUUUGAUCUACACCUCCCUCCCUGUUCUGGGCAUGAGUCUGUUUGAUCAGGAUGUGAGUGAUGUGUGGAGCCUGCGCUUCCCAGAGUUGUAUGAGCCGGGCCAGCACAACCUCUACUUCAACAAGAAAGUAUUUGCGGGCUGUUUAAUGCAUGGGAUCUUCAGUUCCUUCGUGCUGUUCUUCAUCCCCAUGGGGACCAUUUACAGCACGGUGCGCAGCGACGGGAAGGAGAUCUCCGACUACCAGUCCUACUCCCUGAUGGUGCAGACCUCCUUGAUCUGCGUGGUCACAACGCAGAUCGCCCUGAAGAUAACCUACUGGACGGUGAUAAGCCACUUCUUCAUCUGGGGUAGCCUGGGCAUCUACUUCUGCAUCUUAUUCCUCCUGUACAGUGAUGGAUUGUGUCUAAUGUUCCCCAACGUCUUCCAGUUCCUAGGUGUGGCCCGGAACACUCUGAUCCAGCCGCAGUUGUGGAUGAGCGUCUUCCUCACCGUGAUCCUCUGCAUGCUGCCCAUGAUUGGGUACCAAUUUCUCAAGCCCCUGUUCUGGCCCAUGAGUGUGGAGAAGGUUCUAAGGAGAAUUCAACUCGUGAGGCAUCCUCCGCCGCUUCCAAGCCGGGCCAGACGGAAACACCCAGGCCUCCGGCGUUCUGCCUAUGCCUUUUCCCACCAACAGGGCUUUGGAGCCCUCAUCACUUCUGGCAAGACAAUGAGGUCCAAGGGAUCUAGAAAAAGCAGCUUUCCUUCCAAAAAGUAGGGAAGCCCCAAAGUGGUCACCUGGUGCUCUUCCUCUCUUGUCUGCAUCAGUUUAAGAAGGAAGGCUUAGUGUUCCAGGGAAACCCACAGAGACCUGCUCCUCUGCUCCCAGCCUCUCCAUUCCCCGGAAGGCUGUGCCCAGGUACAAGCAGAGGAAGGUAAGGCAAGGGCUCCCCCAAGAGCUCUGCCUGAAGUCAAAGCCUUUCAAGCACAGGCAGCCUUUGGCCUCGCUUCCCUCACACCUGUUAACUUCUAAUCCAGAAAUGUAGACACGGAACGAGGUUGUGAAGGGAACAGAAGACAGGCCCUAAGGAUGUAACUUUGCGUCCCAUCCUGUCCCCCACCCCCCAUGCUACCUGGAACAUUCCCUAGACCCUCUUGGUGCCCACACAUGACAUAGUCCCACCCAGGCACCCUUCUUGGUUCAUCUGGAAGAUGAAGGGUGAGUUGUUUGCCAGCACUGGGGACCAGGAGGAGGAGGCAGCUGUGAAGACUUGGUCUUAAGCCGAAGAAAGUUUCUGGACCAAAAAAGAAAGAAAAAUGAAAGCAGAUCCUGCCUGUCUAGGCCAGCUCUAGGUCUGGCCUUCUUUUCCCUUCUUUGACCUCUGACCUGUGCAGGCCUCAGAUCAGGAGGCUGGGAUGGGUACAAUGCAGAGGACUUUUAAGAAAGUCUUUCCUUGUGGUGAUGUGAGCCA